ACACACUCUGCAGACAUCUCCAAUUGACCGUCUCCAACAACAACCAUGUCGUCCACACUCCUCCGCACCACCGCCCUGCGCUCUGCCCUCCGCACCGCAACCACCACCAGCUCCAAGAAAGCCGCUCUCUCAGGCAUGACCAUCACCCGCGGCAAAGCCACCCUGCCCGACCUCCCAUAUGACUACGGCGCCCUCGAGCCCGCCAUCAGCGGCCAAAUCAUGGAGCUGCACCACUCCAAGCACCACAACACCUACGUCACCUCGCUCAACAACUUCAGCACCCAGCUCGCCGAGGCCCAGGCGGGCCAGGACUACCAGAAGCAGAUUGCCCUGCAGCCGCUCAUCAACUUCCACGGCGGCGGCCACAUCAACCACUCGCUCUUCUGGGAGAACCUGGCGCCCAAGAGCCAAGGGGGCGGCGAGCCGCCCGCGGGCGCCCUGGCCAAGGAGAUUGACGAGAGCUUUGGCAGCCUGGAUGGACUGAAGGAGAAGAUGAAUACGGCGCUGGCGGGCAUUCAGGGGUCCGGCUGGGCCUGGCUGGUGCAGGACACGCAGACGGGCAAGAUUGGAAUCAAGACGUAUGCGAAUCAGGAUCCGGUGGUGGGUCAGUUUAGGCCGUUGUUGGGCAUUGACGCGUGGGAGCAUGCGUACUAUCUGCAAUAUCAGAACCGCAAGGCCGAGUACUUUGGUGCCAUCUGGGAUGUCAUCAACUGGAAGGCAGCUGAAAAGCGGUUCAAGUGAAAUGAUUCGCACCCAUGUGCGGAAGGGAGACUAGGAAAGAUGUGUAAAAUGUGCAGUGAUACAUAGCGUGACGUAGCUUUGGUAUAUAGCCCAACAAC